UGAAACCUAACAAUGAAACUGCUUCGUUAAAUGAUAUAGUCUAUAGACCUACCUUCAAGUAAGAGUUAAGUUAGAACAUAUGCAAUAAUAUGAAUUAAUCCGUUUCAAAGGAGCAGUGUAGAAUAAAUGUUAUACGGACCUUUAAAGCGUAAAUUUAUGCCUUUAUGGCAUAAUGAAUCACGCGCAUGCAAUUACCGCGUGUUAAUAUUUUAUGCCGUCAUUUCAAAGACGCGCUCAAGAAUACUUAGCAUCGCUCUUUACGGCGAAUGCGCUGAAUGGGCGAUGCAUGUCGCCUUUUCCCACCAGAAGAGGGCAAUCCGAUGCAUAGCACUUGCAAAAGAAGGUUAAGCAAUGACUGCACCAGUGCUGAGUGCAAUCUCACUCGCACACUGCUCUUAAAACCUUCUUGUGUUUUUUGACAGAUAUUCGGCGAAAGAAAAGCGCCCUGAACGUGGCUUACAGCACCGGCUCUGCGCUCCGGUGAGAUCAGCAGAUAUCUGGAAUACAUCACUCAUCCUGCGCACAGCUCUGUUUUUUUUUUACAGGACACGAGAAAGGUGUUUGCAUCCCUCGCUUGGCUUUCUUCAUAGCUGCGCACCUUGGCGAGCAUCCGAUGGUGCGCUUUUGCGCAAAUCUCUCCAAACUUUCCAGCCAAGUGGAGGAUAUUUUGAGGCGAAGGAUAUAGCUGACACACACGCGCGCUCUCUGGAAAUGUUCUUUUAAGGACCUUCCCGUUAAGCAAAGCCUCGAUGUUUGUCUUUUACGCUGGAAAGAGCGCUCGGGAUUGCUCCGUUGUUCACUUGGACAUGUUGCGCAGCGGCGCAGAUGCGGGAUUGAAAUAACGCCGCCGUCGCCGGAGUUUUCCGAACCUCGCCAACAUCUCGGGCACCGCGGCUCCGGGCAGGUGCUCCUUUCUGAGUGCGUUUGAAGACGGUGCCAUGCGGAAUCUGGAACCGCACGUCGAAAGGCUGUGAAACCUGCUGGAAACGCGACAUUUACGCAGAGAUGGGAUCCCUGGUGAGAUCCCGUUGGCUGAUGAUCCCCCUGCUCGUGCAGGCCUGGCUCUUGGCUUCCCAAGGCAGAGUCCGAGAGAAACCGUGUCCCCGAAGCUGCCGCUGCGAUGGCAAAAUAGUUUAUUGCGAGUCAAAUGCCUUCCGCGAUGUGCCAAAGAAUGUUUCUGUGGGAUGCCAGGGCCUCUCUCUGCGGUACAACAGCUUGGUGAACCUCAGGGCUGGUCAGUUUGCCAGCCUCAGCCAGUUAGUCUGGCUGUACCUGGACCACAACUACAUCAACGCAGUUGACAAACAAGCCUUUCAGGGUGUUCGAAGACUGAAAGAGUUGAUCCUCAGCUCUAACAAGAUCACACAUUUGGAAAACAGCACGUUCCAUUCGAUCCCCAACCUACGCAAUCUGGACCUGUCCUACAACAAACUUCAAGUCCUGCAGCCGAAUCAGUUCCAGGGCUUGCGCAAACUGUUGAGUCUCCACAUUAGAUCGAAUUCCCUCAAGACGGUUCCCAUGCGAGUGUUCCAGGAUUGUCGAAACCUAGAGUUCCUUGACUUGGGCUACAAUCGACUGCGAAGCCUUACCCGUAAUGCAUUUGCAGGACUUCUCAAACUAACUGAGUUACAUUUGGAGCACAACCAAUUCUCAAAGAUAAAUUUUUCUCAUUUCCCACGGCUGAACAACCUCCGUGCUUUGUAUCUGCAGUGGAAUCGGAUAAAGUCGAUAACCCAGGGAAUUACAUGGACCUGGACCUCUUUGCAAAAGCUGGAUCUUUCUGGAAAUGACCUGCAAGUGUUGGAUUCAAGCAUCUUCCAGUGUCUCCCUAACUUGCAGACUCUUAAUCUGGACUCCAAUAAGCUAAGCAAUGUGUCACAAGAGGCCAUAUCAGCUUGGAUCUCUCUUACUACCAUCAGUCUUGCUGGUAACAUUUGGGAAUGCAGCCCCAGCUUAUGCCCCCUUGUAGCUUGGCUGAGGAACUUCAAGGGGAACAAGGAGACUACCAUGAUUUGUGCUGGACCGAAGGAAGUUCAGGGUGAGAAAGUCAUUGAGGCUGUUGACACACAUGGAAUCUGUAAGAUGACCCCCACCCCUUACCAGCCAAUCUCCUCCACCGUGAGCUCCCAAUCCAAACCUGGACGUUUCCCCCUACCCACCAUGUUCAGGGUGAAUGAGAAAAUAACACGCAACAACGCUGUUGCCCCUUCCCCGACAGCCGCAUCCCCACCCGUCCCUGAGCAGGACUUUGAGCAUGUUUCCUUCCACAAGAUAAUUGCCGGCAGUGUCGCCCUCUUUCUAUCCGUGGCUAUGAUCUUGCUAGUGAUCUACGUCUCCUGGAAGCGUUAUCCAAGCAGCAUGAAGCAACUGCAGCAGCAUUCCAUGGUGAGAAAACGCCGGAAAAAGACGCGGGAGACAGAGCGCACCCUCAGCUCCCCGCUUCAGGAAUAUUAUGUGGACUACAAACCCACAAACUCUGAGACCAUGGACGUACUGGUCAAUGGGACAGGACCCUGUACCUACACCAUCUCCGGCUCCCGAGAAUGUGAGGUAUGAUCCGUCGCCCUCCUAAAAUCCAUUACCACUGCGGGGAACAAGAGUUGCUCUCCUGCUUGAGUUAGAUGAGUCCCUGACAGCUUUUUGUUGACAAGGCAGAACCACGGGAAGUCCAGGCAGUGGGCCAUUACUGAAGCCCCUUGAUGUUGUGAGCAGUCAGGCUGGCCAUAUUUACAGCGAGAAGGACGGUGAUUCUAUCUCGGAAAAUUGGAAGUGUCAAAGAGCGAGAUCAGAGACAUAAAGCUACGGCUGUCAGAAAGCAAUUUCUAUCGAACGGUGAUAACCUGUGACCUCCUUUGACCGCGGUCAGUGGCAUUGCUCAUACGCACAGAUCUGCAGAAGAGAAGAGGUAUAGAAAAACUUUGGGCUGAUAAUAUAGUGUGAUUGUGAACCGGACUGUCUCCAACACUCACAGAUGAACGCACUUGUUUCAUUUUGAAAUGGAUGCUUGGCACGGUCGAUAUUUAGACAUAUGAAUUUUCGUGUGUUUUGUAAAUUUAGUUUAGCAGAAAUGAGGAGCUUGAUAGCCCCUGGUCACUAUAUGUUUUCCGAUCUCCUUUUAUGCCUCACUUAAAGAAAGACACUUGUACAGCCUUGAUACAACAUCAGAGUGGGCAAAUGAUGACAGAUUUUCAUUUUCGGGUUCGGUUUCUUUGUAAAAAUGCUAUGAAAUUCCUUUGACACUUUUGGUAAUGAUGUAAGUUUCAUAAGUAACUAACUAGGAGCUGCUUCCAGUCUUCGAAGAUGAAGAAAUAGUUUGAUUCUACAGCAUCCUAUCUGUCAUUGCAGAUGUAUUAAUGAGAGAUUUGUAUAUAACGCCACUGUGAAGUCCCUGUUUAAUCAUUGUGACCAUGUUUUGGCAUUUCUCCAGAAGCAGAGCUACUGUAAAAAGCCAGUGGGCUUUGGCAGCAUUGUUUCAGCGUAUUAAAAUGAACAACAGCUUCCCUGAAACUACAAAUGUCCUCUUUAGCAGAACAGGGCCCUCCCAGAGCUCUCUGUUGGGUCAGCUCCUUUUGCUCCAAAUGGCGAAGGCUUCGUCCUUGAGAUCUGGAUGGCUUCCCGGUGUUUCUGGCCCAAGCAGCGGUGCUUCACCUUUUCUAUCGCAACUGUCCCGGGCAACCCAACCUUUACGCGAUGGUUGUUUCAUACAAACACAGAGCUGGGACUUAAGAGAUUAAUGCUUGUGUUUGUAUCGGUGUGGUUGUGCAUCUCUUUUUCAAGGACUUUUCUUAUGAAUAUUCAGUAUGAAUGUGAUUCUGCAGGGAUUUCAGACAACAAAACAACUCUGUUCCAAGAAUUACCUCGCAAGCUUAUUACCUGGACAGCAUUUUCAAAUUACAUAUGUAUUCAUGCAUCAUUUUUUUUUUUUUGAAAGAUGACUCCACUCCUGUGCUCACCAAAGCUGCAUAUACUUAUAAAAUGCAGUAAAAUCAGUAAUAUUGUUAAAUAUUAUAUAUUUUUUUAAUUAUUUGAGAUGCAUAGCCAAAAUGUUAACAUCAUUACUCGAUUACUAUUUACACAAUCCAUCAGAAAUCUUUAUAACAUGAAUUAUUAUUGUUGUUUCUUAUUAUUAUAAAUAUAAGUUGUUGAUUUCAUUUGAUUGCUGACAAACAUAUUCAUUUGUAUUUAUUUAUAAUUGUCUGACUUCAAAAAUUGAGGUUUUAUCAUAUCAUUGAAUCCAUUAUCAUAUUGUAUCAUACUGAGCAUAUGUACACUACAAACCCCAAAAAGACUACUAAACUAGUUGUGCAUGCUAUUCUUGGAUUAGUUAGCAACAUGCUAACACCAAACUCUGUUUUAGCGUCCUGCGCACGUGUUGUGCACUGCAAUAUUUCAAAUCAUACAUUUAUAAGCUUCUAAUUGAGUUAGACAUCUGCUUGAGUAGGCAGCAGACAGCAGGACAGCUCACAAGGUUUUGGAACAGAGCUGAUGUGUAUUUAUAAUAAAAGUGAAAUUCUCAGGGAAGAGAUGACAUAUGAAUGCAUAAAGAGUACGUUCACUCAUUUGACAUCUGGGAUGCGGUGCUAAAUGAACAUAUGUCAGCUACAAACAGUCCUUUAUGAACACGAAGUGAGGGCGAUCCUGCUGCAGUGGAAAAGUUGGAAGGAAGCAUCCAAACAGAUGUCUUAAAUUUCGCAAACUUUAACAAAACUAGGCCGUAAGGUAGCAAAAUAUAACCUAGAGGCGAUGCAGCUUGGGUUGUUAGUGUCUUGUUAAAUGAAACAUGCCAGUGAAGGAUGCUGAAGGCUUUCCUGUGGAUUGGAAGAACAAAUUGCUAAGAAAUCGAAAGCAGAAUCAUUUAGGCCUUACUCACUGACCUUGAUUGUAAAAGCAAUGCGGGGUACAAACAGUCAUAAUGCUUUCACAAGCUUUGUGUGUGUGUGUAUGUGUGGAUGUUGUACUGCAAUUUGGUGUACAAAUUGUGGGGCCUACCAGAAUAAAUUUUAUUCAAUUUAUUUAUUCAAUAUAUAUUUAUUUUAUUUAAAUUUAAUAUUUAAUUUUAUGUUAUUUCAUUGUAUUUUUUUAGAACAUUUAGAACAUUUAUUAUUAAUCAGUCAGUUUUCCUAUUUAUAAGGUCAUACAGUAAGCAUAUAUGUUUAUUUUAUUUCAUGUUGAAUAUUUCACUUUUUUUAUUUUUUUAAUAUUUCAUUAAUAAUUUUCAGAAUAGCAUGCAUUGAUGAAUUGUGCA